UGACGAGAAAACCCAUAGACUUUCAAAACAAUUCCAAACAUAUCCACAAACCCCAACACAAACUUCCACCCAGAAAAUCAGCACGCGAACAUGAUAAGCCGCCUUAACUCCUUGCUCUAAGAUCUUUCAUUAGUUACUGAAGAAAUGGGAAAAAGUGACAAUUCAAUAGCGAGAAGAAAGAACAGAAAGAUCAGAAAAAAGCAGGAAAACAAAGAUUCUUCCUCAAAGGUUUCUGCUCGCGUUGCUUCCAUUAUCGCCGCCAAGAAGCGGCGGAUGUCUGGUAAACGCCGCCACUGUCAGGGCAUGUGUUUUAGCCUUCCCACGCCUGAAGAUCCUUUUAAUGACAGACAUGUGACAAUUGAUCUUGGAAAGAAAAGGAAGAAACCUGUACGUUCCAAAGCAGAUAGGUUGCCUGUUGACAAGAGUAGUGUUAAAAUAAGAAAAGGGUCUCUGAAUAAUAAUGAUUCAAAUAAUGAUCAUCAAAAGAAAGAACUAAUGAAGCAAGAUAAUGCAGUUGAUCUUGGAAAAGAAAUGGUCCAGAUGAGUAAUGAGGAUGGACCUAACCACUAUGAGAAGAAACAUGGUUUUGAAAACAACAUAGAAUGUCCAUCAAAAUUUUUGAUCAUGUGUCUGAAUUCAGUUCAGAAUGCAUUAUGUCAUAGUGGAACCAUUAAUGGUGAAGAUAAACCACUUUUUGCCAAUGCAUGGGGGAUCAAGUUCUGGAAUUGCUAUUCGAAUGGAAAAAACUUACUGGAAACAAGUGGAGCCUAUUCCACAAUUCAGCAAAUUAGUUGGAUCGCAUCAACUGCUGCUGAUACCAUUGCAAGAAAGGAGAAAGAGGGAGUGUCAUUUACUGGUCCUUUCCUUUUAUUCCUUGUACCAUCUCAAGAAAAAGCUUCUCAGGCACGCCAAGUGUGCAAGCCUUUGAAAGCUAUCGGAAUUCAUACAGUGAGUCUGCAUCCAGGUGCCUCCAUAGAACAUCAAAUUAAUGGUUUAAAGAGUUGUGAACCAGAAUUUCUCAUCUCUACCCCUCAGAGAUUAUUGGAGCUUAUCUCCUUAAAGGCGGUUGACAUAUCUGGGGUUUCUUUACUGGUUAUUGAUGGAUUGGAAGCGCCUUGUGAAGGCGGUUACUUUGAUACAAUCAAAUCCAUCAGAUAUCACAUCUCAGAUGAUGCUCGAACUGUGGUGUUCAGUGACUGCAUGAAUAAUUCAUCCGUUUCUGUGGUCCAAAAGCUUCUAGCGGGACCAGUCUGCAGAUCAUCUAUUAGUACUUUUAUGAACGGUCAAAGUGCAUGCAUUAUGUCCACAAAUAUGUCAAAAGAAUAAAAGAUGGUAUAGAAAUUGAGAUUUUAUCGAUGUUAGAUCAUCCAUGGCUGCCAUAUUUGCAUUUUUCUGGAGCUCAAUCAUUUUACGGCAGCCAUCCUCAAGAGCAGCUCUCAGUUUGCUUCUUAUUAAGAAUUUUGGUAGUAAUGGAGGCAGUAUUUCCUAGUAUGUCAAACAUGGGUUAUUAUGAUGUUUUGUCUUGAACUGAUUUGAUUUAAUUUGCUGGCAAUGCUAGCACCAAAUCUCUUCCCCGGCCGCCGAGAAGAUCGUUGAUUGGGGUUGCAAUUAUAUAAAUUAUGCUCAAAUUUUUUAUUGUCACUUGAUUGAACUUUGAAAUUCUGGAGGGUGUCCUAUGUUAGAAUAUUUCCGGAAUUUGACUGUCGUUGCCGCUUUUCUUGUACUUCUUGACUUUCUUUUUCUCAUACUACUAUAAAACAAAUAUUUGUCUCUAUAAAAUGUCAUCUAUUUUCUGUUUUAA